AUGACCACUGGCAACUGGUUAACGUGGACUUCCAGAACAAGGGAGAACCAGCUCUCUGAGGACAACGAGGAUCCCGUGGAAGAAGAGGAGGAAGUCCCUGAAGACGAAGAAGGUGUGAACGACGACGACGACUACAUCCCUGACGAUAAUGGCGACGAGAUCGACGAACAAUACUCCAAGGACCGCAAGAAAAGUGGUCCGUCAUCGUGGACCUUCUGGAACAGCGACAACAACGACCAAAACCAGGCCAAGGAACACAAAACAAGCUUGUCCAACACUAUUGUCAACUCUACUCCCUCGAUUCCAUCCAAGCAGGAUAUCCUUGGCCCUGGCCCCUCCAAGCCCAAAAAGGUUGAUAAGGCCAACGAUGAAGACUCAACGUCCCCGCCUCCCGAGAGCGGGCAAGAUGACGCCGUGUUAUACAAGCCACAUGAUAAAACUGCUCAGUUCAAUCAGAUCAAUACCCACAAGAAUGAAAACUUGAAGGAGAAUGUUAUUGUCCCCGAUUGGAGUCUGUGUUUGCCAGCCCAAACCUCGACCUCUUUGAACUCAACCUUGGCAUCGUCAAUCUUUGGCAAUUCGUCUACGUCAAACCAAAACAACGCUCAAGAGUCGAAAAUGGAUCUCAAGAACUGGAGAAACUUCAUCCAUCAAUUAUCUUCAAAGUUAGGUUUCAGCAGUCAAUCCUUAACGAGUGUUGUGUCGUCCACUGAUGAAGAGGCUGAUUCGAAGGAAAAGGUAGAGAAGGAGUUUAAUCUUCUUUAUGAAAAGACAUACCGUCUCUAUGGAAGAUCUUUAGAAAAGCUCCCCUCGCACAAGAGAGCUUGCUUGCCCAACUACAACAAAUUUUACACCAACAAUGAUGAGGAAGAGACUUACAAAUUUGAUCAGCAAACCCAACUUGAAGAAGAUAUCAAUGACCCCAACUCUAUUUCCAUCUCAAAUGAUCCAAUGGGUAACUUAUUGAUCAAUCACAACUCGCGUAGUUCUAAGCAUCACAAAUCAGAUGUGGUCUCAUACAAAUCAGGCCCCUUGAAGAAGAUCAAGAAAAUUCUUAUCAUAGGUGUUCAUGGGUUUUUUCCUACAAAGAUGAUAAGGCCUAUUAUAGGCUCGCCCAAGGGUACUUCACUUAAAUUUGCUAAUGAGGCCGAAAAGGGGAUCAUUAGGUAUUGUAUUGAGAACAACUUGAUCAACGAGAACGAUGCCAAUAGUAUUAGUAUACAAAAGAUUGCGCUUGAAAAAGAGGGCAAGAUUUUUGAUAGAGUGGAUUUCUUCACCAAGAUUCUUCAAAAAUGGCAACAAGAACUAAAUGAAAGUGACUUUAUAUUUAUUGCUGCCCAUUCACAAGGUGCAGUGGUAUCAAUCAUUCUUUUAGCUAAGCUCAUUAGUAUGGGUAUUUUGAAGGAUCCUAUCAGAAAGAGAAUAGGUAUCCUAGGAAUGGCUGGAAUUAAUAAUGGUCCCUUUUACGGCAGCGACAAGUCAUUCUUGAUGAAAGCUUAUUCUGCUAUUGAGCACGACUCGUUAACCGAGUUGUUUGAAUUUACAAAAUUCACAAGCGAACAGUCAUUGGUCUACAAACAGUCGAUUCAAGUAAUUGUGAAUGCUAAUGUCAAAGUUUGUUUUAUAGGGUCCAUCAACGACCAGUUGGUUCCAUUAUACUCGGCACUUGCUUCCCAUGUCUACCACCCAAAUAUUUAUCGCGCAUGCUACAUUGACCAUUCCUCGCUGACCCCAUUAUUUAUUCAAAAGUUGGUCUCUUUGUGUUGCCAUUUACAAAACCUUGGAUACUUCGAUAACAAUGUGCUCAAGGAAUUAAGCACUUCAUUGGCGGGUCUGAUGACAGGGGGAGGCCAUUCCAAGAUCUACAAUGAUGGUAAGGUGUAUGACUUGGNUAUCAAAUUUGUUUUGGAUACUGAUGAUAUUGUCAUUCCUUCAAAACUGUUAGUUGUAAGGAAUGAUUCAAAAACCAUAGAUACCAGCGAAGGAACAUCCAAUGGCCAAGUGGUAGGAUCAAUAGCAACAGACAAACUUGUCACCAGUGGGAUCGGGACAUAUGGAUCUACACAAGAUAAUGGGGAGCUUGAAGCAGCCAAUAUCCCUGUGACAAACCAAGUGUACAUUAAAGAAUACAACGUGGGCAAGAUUGGUACCAACCCAUUUAUCUUACCUUGGUGCUUACGAGGUCUUUUGUUCAAUAUUGAGAAAAAUUGGCCCAAUAACAAUAAGUUGUUAGUGGUUGACAGUGGAAAGGACUUGGGCAGAAAUGGCUACGACGAGAUCAAUGAUCUCUAUGACCUGUUCGACAACUGGAGGCCUGAUUCUAAGGUGUUAAGGGAGCUCAAGUUCAGGUUGAACGGAAUGCGAGCCAGUAAAUUGUGA